AAAGAAGCAAUUGAAAACGAGUUUCAACGUAUAAAAGAAAAUGUCUACCUUGAUCACGCUGGAACUACGCUUUAUCCUGAAAGCUUAAUAGAUGCCUCUAGCAAGGUGCUCAAAGAUAAUUUAUUCUGUAAUCCACACACUUGCAAAGUAACCGGUGACCUCAUAGAUCAGGCUCGUUACAGGAUACUGCAACAUUUUAAUACAGACGCAUCCGAAUAUGCUGUGGUAUUCACAGCCAAUGCUACCGCUGCUCUGCGAAUAGUUGGUGAAUGUUUUCAUUUCGGUGAAGAUGCAAAUAACGUUGGUGCUUUUUACUACUGUCAAGAAAAUCACACAUCCGUGUUGGGAUUGCGUGAAAUAGUGGGCACAAAUCGCCAUAAUGUUUUAACCAAACACGAGAUUUUGAAGAGUCUAACUGCCGUUAACGGAAAUGGUUCUAAUUUCGACAAUAAGACAAAUGGAAGUAAUAAACUCAAGCAUAAUUCACUUGUUGCUUUUUCGGCGCAAUGCAACUUCAGCGGCUACAAGAUGCCACUUGAAAUCAUUGAAGCAAUUCAAACACAGGGUUUGUCUCUUCAUGGCACACCUGUUAGAGGACUGGAAAAAGGAAACGAAGCUGAUGAAAGUAAUUAUUACAUUUGCCUGGAUACAGCUUCUUUUGUAGCAACCAAUUUCCUAGAUUUGCGAAGAUACAAACCCGAUUUUUGUUGUAUUUCCUUUUACAAAAUGUUUGGCUUUCCCACGGGAGUUGGUGCACUACUGGUGAGCAAACGUGGUCAAUCAGUGCUGCAAAAGCGUUACUAUGGCGGCGGGACCAUAGAUAUUGCGAUGACACGCCAGGAUUUUCACCAAAAACGAUCUAAUUUUUCUACACGCUUUGAAGAUGGCACCUUGCCUUUCCUCACAAUUUCUUCGGUGCUGGAAGGCUUUCGAGCAUUGGAACGUAUAGUGCCUGCCACGCCGAAACGCCUGACAAUGGAACGUAUUAGCAUGCAUGUUUACCGUUUGGCUAAAUAUUGCCACGACUCACUCGCCGUAUUACAUCAUGCCAAUGGUGCGUCUCUAAUAAAAUUUUACAAUCAUGUCGGUUAUGAUGAUAUAGCGCUUCAAGGCGGCGUGGUUACCUUCAAUGUGCUGCACGACGAUGGUACUUAUGUUGGUUUUGCCGAAGUUGCUUGCAUUGCUGCAGUGCAUAAUGUACAAAUACGUACCGGUUGCUUCUGUAAUCCCGGUGCGUGCCAAUGGUUCUUACGUUUGUCGAAUUCAGACAUACGAAAACAGUUCGAAGCGGGCCAUGUUUGCAGUGAUUAUACAGAUCUGGUAGAUGGUAUGCCAACGGGUGCGGUGCGUAUGUCUUUUGGAUACAUGACUCGCCCGAAGGAUGUGGACAAAGCAGUGGCAAUGAUACGUGAUUGCUAUCUAACUACAGCUUCUGAGCGUUUACGUGUCAUAGAAAGAAGAGAACUACCGGAAGCGCUACGUAAAGUAUCACAGCGCUUAAGGCCGCAGUUGAAACGCAUAUGCAUCUAUCCGAUCAAAUCUUGUGGCGCUUUUGAAGUGAGCAGCGCAUGGCAGCUCACUCGGAAUGGUUUUAAAUAUGAUCGCACUUGGAUGAUUGUCGAUGUCAAUGGAAUGGCUAUUACACAAAAACAUUUUACAAGAUUAUGCUUGAUAAGACCAAUUGUGCAUUUAAGGGAAGGAGUUUUGGAGCUACGGUUUCCAAACAUGAAGUCUGUGCAGGUGCCAUUAGAAAUGCACGAAACAAAUUUUUCAAAACGUAUUGAAUCAUCUUUCUGUCAAAGCAAGGUUUGCAAUGAUUUAGUAGAGGGAUUAGAUUGUGGGGAAGCAAUAGGGCAGUGGUUAUCAGACUGCUUGGAAACGGAAGGUUUGCGUUUAGUGCGGCAAAAUUCCGAGCGCCGCACUCAAGAUGGUGCUGCCAAGGAAAUCAGCUUUGCAAAUCAGGCGCAAUUCUUACUCAUCAACCGCGCAUCGGUUCGGUGGUUAGCCAAUAAAGUAGAAUCGGAAAAGGAAUCUAUCGAUCAGACAGUGGACCGCUUUAGAGGAAACUUAAUAUUCGAGACUGCAAGCCCGUUUGAGGAAAAUUCUUUUGAGGAAAUUAGUAUAGGUGAUGUAAAUUUUAAAGUAGAUGGAUUUUGUACGCGUUGUCAAAUGAUUUGCAUUGACCAACAUAGUGGUUGCAAAACCAACGAGCCAUUGCGAACUAUUGCACGAGAAUUUGGUGGAAAAAUACGCUUCGGAAUUUAUUUAUCACUCAAAGGACUGGAAGAAGAAAAUGCUUUUGUCUCUUGCAAAGAAGAGGUGAAAGUACGAAAGAUAGAACAUGGUGCAGAGCAAUAAAAUAUAGAUAAUUGGAAGCAAGGCUUGGCGCAUAGGAAAUAUAAUUGAUAACGAUAAUACAUUUUACAAAUAUGUAUGAUCAAAGUGUACUUAAAUUAUAAGCUUCGCACAAAAACAUGCCAGUUUAUGAAAUCUAAGUUACUCUAUUAUUAAAUUACCUUUAUGAAAAUAUUAAGCUAUUUUCAGUAUCGCUACAAGAUGUAAAACAAUUACAUACAUGUCUGUAAUAAAGAAUAAAAAA